CUCAGAUUUCCUCACUUCCUCUUUCCACCCUUGACAAUCCUUCCCGUUAUCUUUGACGCGUCUUCUCUGCAUGGAACACUUUCUAAACAACACAGCUGCAUUCUUUGAGGCUCUUUUUUACAGUUUUUCAUUUCUGCCUCUUCUCCAACUGUUUUUAGUGGAGAGAAUACAUCUGGUUUGCUCCACUGUUUUUAUUUUCUUCUUCCCUCAACCUAACAGUGUGGCAAUGGUGGAAAGUGAGUCAACAACGGGAGGAACAAGGCAGGAUGGAAACCAGGCGUCAGACCCCAUGCUGCUGAUGUCCAGCAAACCUCUGCAUCGCUUCGUCCAGAGAGAGCCCAGGAGUCUCGGGAUUGUCAUUCUCAUCUUUGGCUGUGCAGAGGUUCUGAUGGGAUUUGUGUUGGCCGGUCAAAGGGAGUUUGCUUCUCAUAGAAUCUACAUCACUUUCUGGCAGGGAGCUCUGUUUCUUGUCUGUGGAAACCUGUCCAUCUACAGUGAGAGACGUCCAUCCAAGAAGAUGGUCACUGUAUGUUUGGCCAUGUAUGUGGUUUCUCUUUUGGGACUCGUGGUCUCCAUUAUCUACCGGAUUCAACUCUUAUGCAAAUUAUUCAUGAUGAAGAACUAUUGGGGAGUUGACGAAAUGGACGAGUUGAUUGGAGUUGAAUGCGUAUUGCUCACUUCCUCUGUGUGUGUGGCUGUGCUCCUCAUCAUCUUGAGCACCGUUGCACGAUUAGCUGUGAAAUCCACAUCCAUGCAGGUUAUUGUCCAGCACAUCGCGCCUCCACUGAGCAACACAAGUCCAAAUUAAUCCCUUGUGAGGUAUUCUGCCAUGGUAACUAACACUGGUUUUCAUGCAGCAAACCAGUUCAAAUGUUCAUUUAUUCGGAGACAACAUUUCACACGUACACCACCUGGUGGGGAUCUUGUUUAGUUGUAUUUUCUAUUGCGUUGGCAUUUUACAGUACACCAGCCACACAGUCCUCUUCACACCAAAUGUAUGGAGAUCAAAGGUCAAGGUGCAAAGUUAUCACAAAGCAGCAUGUCCAAAAUCCUUAGUCCAAAAUCCAUAUUUACACUAAAAAAUCCAUGAACCCAAACUAUAAAUUUGAAAUAAUGUGUGUGUGAGUAUUUGUGUGUGUGUGCACAGUGUGUGUGAUUAUUAUCUACUUUACCUGCAUGAUUAUUUGUUUUUGCAGUAUUUGUUCAUUGAAGCUUUUUAAAAUCAAUGUGAUCCUUUAUGCAGAUAUUUUGUGAUGUAUUUUGCAGAUGUGGUCUUUUGUUACAGGACCACAUACAGUAUAUAUGUUCACGAUAUGAAGAGCCUGCAGCACAACCUGUUGCAUCUGUUGCCUGUGAAUUUGUGCAAAACAGAUUUAGCUUCAGGUGCAAUACAUGUAAAAUAUGUCAUGUUAAAUAAACUCUGAAAUGAUUGCA